CGCGAAAAGGAGAGGGAAAGUAGCGCGCGGGUGAACGCGCGCGGAUCGAGCGAGAAGCAGACAGAUGCGUAGGAUGGCGGAUAAGGAGAGCAGAAAGGGAGAGAAAGACGAGCGGACGAACGAGGAAGAGCGAGGAGGAGCGCCGCUUCGCGAGGGCUACGAGCCCGAGAGAGACGAGGACAGACUAGACGCCGCAUGCGCGCGGCAUGGGUGUAUCUUCGGCUUUCCCCCUCUAGCGGUCGCCCGCUGCUUCGCGCCUCUACCCCCGCGCCCGCCGCUCGACUCAGUCACCGGGCCGAUUCGCAGGCGUAGGGUUUCCGCGCUUUUUCGCUCCGUUCCGCUCUCGUUCGUGGAAAAGCCCGAGCGCUCGUUUACCGUUUUUUCGCGGCACCGGCCGAUCACGGGGUUAACGACGACGGUGUCCGUACACGCGGCGUGCCUCGUUUCUCGCCUCGGAGAGAAACAGACAGACACAGCUCUGGCAAGAGUGGGCAAGUGAGAGACAGAGACAGAGAAAGAGAGAGGGAGAAGAGGGAGAGAGAGAGAGAGAUAGAAAGAGACGUGCGCGUGAGAGUGCCCCAGUUUCUGUGCGGUCACAUGUGGACGUGGAGCAGCGUAGCGCCGCGAGGGGGCAAACGCAACGCGCUGAAGUUAGCGCCUCGUCGUUAUCGGUUAACCGUCGUCGUCGUUCGGGAUCUACGGUGAUUUUCAGUCGAGUGCAAAUUCGCGCGGAAUCUCCUUGGCUCGUGUGUGCGCGCGUGCUGAUAUCGCUUGGAGUUGUGCGAGAUCACCACCAGCCUGGUGAGUGAGGCAUGUUUUUGCGCAGCGAGUUUGGUGUCGACGACCGAACGAAAGAGACGAUGCGUGACCGAUGACAACUGUUUCCCGGCGCGAGGAGAUUCGAUUUUUCGCGAGGUGAUCCGUAACCUCAAUUUCGCCGGCGCCAUCACGGAGAGGAGGGCUUCGUCGAUGCCGCUCGUCUCGACGAAGACGCGCCCGGCUCUCGUCCGUGUUCUCGUGCGGGGUUAUGUUUACGUGACGACGCUGCGGGUACCGUUGCGCGCGGGGUGGCGGGCGGGAUUCGAACGCGUACGAGCGUGUCCCGGUGAAGAUUGAGCGUGUGCGAUUGAUGGCGGGAGUUUCGAGCGCGCACGCCUUACGCCUUACGCACGCUCGGAUGCCGUGUUGUUUUGAGUAAUUCGUGUUAAUUAAUCCAUCGGUGGAAGGCACGCAGAGCGUGUAGCACGACGACGCGAUUGACCGGCGAGACAGAAGGGACUCCGCAGUCGCCGGAGUCGCAGGGCGCCGACCUGGGACACCAGAAUGUGAGAUCGAUCGACAAAGUGCUUCAAGGUCGGCGCGCAACGUCUCAUCCGAGCGACGACAAUCGUGAAAACGACCGGUCGAGUGAUAGCGAGACAUGCUGCCUACGAUCGAACGUUGCUGGCUCAUCGGGAUAAGAAUGCCGCUACCUCGGCAGAAGCGCGCGGUGUGACGAUCGUCGGUUACAUUGCGAUGGGACGGUUGUUCUGAAGGAGAACGUGUGCAGCUGUGACAGUGCAAGCGCGUGGAAUCGAGAUUUCGCACUGGAGACUCACUGGUGCGUUACACCGCCGCCGUCGAGGACGAAGCGUUCGAGGAUAAUGGUGCAUCUAAGUGCUAACGGAAUGGAUACGUCAAGAAACCGAAUUAGAAGGAUGGUCGGCUUGCUGUGGCUCUCCUUCUUCUUCGCGGGAGUCUCGGCCGAGGGAACCCUGGAGAAGCUGCACGAAGAACACGUGCGGGAAUUCAGCUGCGGCAUGCUGUACUACAGGACGCUCUAUCUGGACAGUAAGAGGGACGCCCUGUACGUCGGAGCUAUGGACAAGAUCUUCAGGCUAAAUCUGAGCAACAUCAGUCAUUCCAGCUGCGAGAGAGACGCCUUAAAUUUGGAACCAAGCAAUGUUGCGAAUUGCGUGUCGAGAGGCAAAUCGGAGCACUUCGACUGCCGAAACCACAUAAGAGUGAUACAGCCGAUGGGAGACGGCAAUCGGCUUUACAUGUGCGGAACGAACGCGCACUCGCCCAAGGACUGGGUGAUUUACAGCAAUCUGACUCACUUACCGCGCCACGAGUUUGUCCCGGGGGUGGGAAUGGGCAUCGCGAAGUGCCCUUACGACCCUGCGGACAAUUCAACGGCGGUCUGGGUCGAAAAGGGCAAUCCCGGGGACCUGCCGGCUCUUUAUUCCGGCACGAACGCCGAAUUCACCAAAGCCGAUACCGUAAUCUUUCGCACGGAUCUCUACAAUUUGACUACCGGCCGCAAAGCGUUCAGCUUCAAGAGGACGCUGAAGUACGACUCCAAGUGGCUCGACAAGCCGAAUUUCGUGGGGUCGUACGACAUCGACAACCACGUGUUCUUCUUUUUCCGCGAGACCGCGGUCGAAUACAUCAACUGCGGCAAGAGUGUGUACUCCCGCGUGGCCCGAGUCUGCAAGAGGGACACCGGCGGCAAAAACAUACUCGCGCAAAAUUGGUCCACGUACCUCAAGGCCAGGCUGAACUGUUCGAUACCCGGCGAGUUUCCAUUUUAUUUCAACGAGAUACAGAGCAUUUACAAGGUGCCGGGCGAUGACACGCGCUUCUACGGCACCUUCACCACCUCGACGAAUGGCUUAAUGGGCUCCGCGAUAUGUUCCUUCCACAUUGACGCCAUCCAAGAGGCUUUCCGCGGCAAGUUCAAAGAGCAAGCGACCAGCAGUAGCGCGUGGCUGCCGGUCUUGUCCAACAAGGUUCCGGAACCGCGUCCGGGCCAAUGUGUCAACGAUACAGAGACGCUGCCGGACACCGUUCUGAAUUUCAUCAGGUCCCACCCGCUGAUGGAUUCGGCGAUCUCGCACGAGAACGAGAAGCCGGUAUUCUACAAGCGGGACGUCAUGCUCACGCGACUGGUCGUCGAUAAGCUGCGCAUCGAUUUCGUGGGCAACGAUCUGGAUUACACGGUCUACUACGCCGGGUCGAGCGACGGCCGCGUCCACAAGGUCGUGCAGUGGGUCGACAGCAACGGCGAAUCCCAGUCGAUUUUGCUGGAUGUCUUCGAUGUCACGCCCGGCGAGCCGAUACAGGCGAUGGAAAUCUCAAAGGAGCAUAAGGCUCUCUACGUGGCGUCGGAUCAUCGCAUCAAGCAAAUCGAUCUGGUAAUGUGCACUCGACGAUACGACAACUGCCUGCGAUGCGUCCACGACCCGUACUGCGGAUGGGAUAAGGAUACGAAUACGUGCAAGCCCUACCAACCGGGACUUCUUCAGGACGUGUCGAACAGCACGGCAGACGUUUGCGACAGCAGCGUCGGCAAGCGGAAACUCGUCGUCACGUGGGGCCAGUCCGUGCAUCUGGGCUGCUUCGUGAAGAUGCCGGAGGUGUUGGCGAACCAGGAGGUGCGGUGGUACCAUUACAGCAAGGAGAAAGGGCGCUAUCAGAUCGCGUACAAGUACGGCGCCGGCGGGGACAAAUUCAUCGAGACCUCGGAGAAGGGUCUGGUGAUUGUCGGCGUGAACGAGCAGGACGCCGGCAGAUACGACUGCUGGCUCGGCGGCGCUCUUCUGUGCUCGUACAACAUCACCGUGGACGCGCACAGAUGUUCAGCGCCCGCCAAGUCCAACGACUACCAGAAGAUUUAUUCGGACUGGUGUCACGAGUUCGAGAAAUACAAGUCGGCGAUGAAGAACUGGGAGAGGAAGCAAGCGCAAUGCGCCUCUAGGCAGAACGACAGCAAUCAGAAUCUACAUACGAACGAGGUGUACGGCACGCCCCUCGUCUGAUGGAGCCGAUCGUUGGGUCCCCCGUCGAGCCGAGAUUACGACACGAUGAUACGCAUAAUCGUCCCGCCGAGGAACCGCGGCUGGACCACGACCGGCCGGAUGAGCCUGGCCUUCCUAUUGACCAGUCACGUCACCGCGCUCGGCGCGUUCAUCACCCGAGGACUCUCGCGCGACUAAGAGCGUCCCGCGCGCGAGCGGACGUCGCUGGUGCGAACGUACGUGAGUGUUGUAAAAAGAGAACAAGAACAAGGACGUACGCGUGAGGUAUCGAUCGUGCAUACUGUUAGUGCCACUCAGUGCUCCGCGAGACAUCGUCUCUCGUCUCGCGCCACCGAUCGCGAGUGACCGUCGCGCGAGACCGGCCGAUCUCGGCUGGCGCACGCGCGCGCGUGCCUGCGCGACCGAUGAGACCUGCGCGGGGUUAUUCCACUUUCGUUCUCAUCCUCGUGCCCACACUUUUCCGUUCGUGUAUAUUUUCGUACUCGCUUCGCUGUAAAUAGAGACGUGUGUUGCGUAGCGUACGAGCUGCGCCGGGAGGUGCGCCGGACUCUUCCGCACCCCGCGAGUGUGUUUCCUCAGCGACGACGACGGAGGAGAGCCGCCACGGAGACACACCGUCGUCUUCGACGCGACGGUGACUCUCGGUCUCGUGAAUACGCCGAUGCCGAUGCUCGUUCGCGGUGAGUGCCGCUGCUCUUCGGGGCCCUCGGACGGACUGCGCGUCCUUUGUAUUCCGGAGAAUUGUGCAUCGAGUUCCGGUUCCUCAAGGAAGAGACAGAGAGAGAGAGAGAGAGAGAGCGAUCGAUGCUGGAAGCUGCAUGGAGAAGCGCCGCGCGCGCGCGAUCCCGUUUCCCUGGACUCUCGCUCAAUGCGAGGCCGAGGGAAUUAAUAUGUAUACACGACGUCAGAGUCUCCCGUCUGCAGCGGACACGCAAUGCUGAUCGCGAUAAUGAGGUACCGCCGUAAUCAAAAUUUUUUCAUCGAUCAUCAAGAACGACGACGCGCGCGCCGUCGGGAGAAGGUGCGCUUCCCUGCAGCUUUCCGCAUUCUGUGAUAGAAGAGCUUGCGGAAGAGGGAGACCGGAAGUGCCCGAGUGGAGUUUCCCAACGGUGAGGGAGCGUCGAUAAAGCGUCGAUGGAGGAGGAACACGACGAGGUUCCGCCGAAACGGCGGACGGCUCGCGACUACACACGCGCGCGGCUGAGUCGCCAACGGCGGACGACGACGCGUUUAGUCGGCGCGAAAAGGAGGAAGGAAAGACGUCGCGGGUCGGAGGGACGAAGAAAGAACGAGAAAAACGAGAAAAAAAGAAGGAAAGAAGAAGAAAAACGAAACGUGGCCAACGGCGCGUUUACGAUGUCACGCAGGUUACAUAUGAGAUUAUUAUCGGCUUAGAGAGACCUUCGUGCGAGCCGCGCUGCACUCGCGCGACACUGGUUAGCUUUCCAUAUCACGUUCGCCACUUUUGCGGCGCGCACGCCUAUUUUCUACUUGCACACCUUCCUCCCCCGUCCCUGCCCUGCUCCUCUCAUCCACCAACACCCGCUCGCUUUAUCCACACAGCGCAUCAGUUUCUUUCAUUUUCCCCACAUGUAUCGCUCUCGACGAUUUCGCGCGCGCGCGCGCGCGCUGUCUAUCGCUCAUCUCUCGUUUCGCGAGAAGCUUCGUGCGCCGUUCCGAUCAUCGUCAUUAGUCUUCGCACAGCUGCGAAGCGAAGGCCGCGGGAUCGUCGCGUUUUUACUCGCGCGCGUGCUCGCUCGACCGUCGCGCACUCGCGCGGAAACGCGCGCGCUGCCGGAGGUUGAGCCCAUCGUCGCGGUUCACUUCGCCGGGAAACCAUCUCCGCGCGUCAUCCGUGAGCGCGCGGUCAUCGUCGAGACUUCUCCUUCAAUCAAGGUGCUACACGUGGGUCUGCUUCCCCGUGAGGAAACCGGUAAGGCCAGACCCCCGUGGUCUCUCGGACCCUGUUACAUUUCCUUCGAAUCCCGUCCCCUUGUCUGGUUCUUUCUCCCAUGGACACGCGCACACAUACACACACACACACAUACACACACAUGCACACAGGAAAUGAGAAAGAGUGUCUGACGCAACAGACACGAGAACGCCCGUGCACACGGUCGACUGAUUAAAGCUUGCAACGCUUUCUUUCGAUGAGUUUUCCGAUGCGUUCCGUAUCCGACAAGAAAAUGGAUCUCUUGGGAGUUAAUAAAAAGAAGAAAAAAUGUGUCACAAGAUUCAUUCAGGGCAACAACCUACGUUGUUGCAACUUUUGACUGUAUGCGUAGAUUAGAUGAGGGCUGAGCACGCGUUGCCGCAUGCUACGUCAGACACGUUGUAUACAUAACAAACACAUAUAUACACACACACACACACACACACACACAAACACACAGACAUAAACGUACGAAAAAUGCGCUUACGCGCCCACGACGCGCGCUCAGCGCCCGUUUGUGUGUACGCGACCGGUGCACUGUACAUAUUACUGGACUUAGAAGUCACGUGUACACUUUCCGUAGGUAAGUCUAAUAUUAGUGUAGGAUAUACGUGUUUGCUUAUUAGUUUUCGAUGAGCACGGCCGGAUCUCUCUCAUUGCAUCCCGCGGUAUCGCUGCGCAAACCGCCGCGACCAGCGCGCAUCUCACACUGACGAACGCGGUGCUGGGGCACAUCGAAGCGAGCGAUCGUUUCGACGACUUCCGGACUCGAAGCCGUGUGCGGACAUUCGCGUUUCUUUUCUACUUGUUCCACGCGUACCACACGACACGCAUAGACCCGUCACGCGUAGACUACGACGACGACCGGACCGAGGCUACAGAGAGUGCGCCAGCCGCGAGAAAUUCGCCUCCCGAAAUUACAACUUGGAGCUUCGACGUAUGCGCCUGCACUUUGAUUCAUUUCGAAUGUUGAAAACGACCGUCGUUUAGUUCCCUGCGUCUGUAUCUCGCCGACACCGCUUUUCGUUGAUCGUCUCGAUUUUUCACGCCGCCCGAGGGAGUUUUCUCACCGCGAGCCGACGAGAGAACGGGCGUUUCUAACUUCGGGAUUCUCUUUGUAUAUAGAUGACAACGUUAUAUUUUUAUAAAAGCGACCUUGGCAGGAAAGACUCCGCCAAAACGCAAUGGCACGUUUUUAAUCCACCGUGAGUAUCGCCUACUUGUAUUUAACCGAGUCGACUAACCGCGGUAAUAAAAAAAAUAAAUAAAAAAAAGGAGAAAAAAGAAGCGUCUCCGUGCGUGGACGAAACGUGUAAAUGAAUAUUUUUCGAGUUUCGAGCACGCGCGAAAACAACGGGAAAAUUCGAUUUCGUCGCGCGCUUCACCGCUCAUUUUACAAAUGCAUACGUCCUCGUUUGAACGAUCGUCCAUGUGAAUAACGCAGGCCUCACAUCGUAGUGAAAUUAGCGUUCGUGUUAGCUCCGUCCGACUUUUCCUCGGAGAUCGACAUACAUUUUGUAAUCAACACACACACACACACACACACACACACACGCACGAUACGUCUAUCGGUGCUCGUAACAGCGCGGUUUGUCGAACGAUCGACGUAUCGAGAGAGCACCCAGCCAGCCCAGCCAUAAUCAGCAUACAUAAAGAAACCGUAGGCUAUAUAGAGAGUAGCAAGUGAGAUCAUGUGACGCGCCUUUCUGUACAUGAAUUUCUUCAGUUUCCCGACGCAGUUGCAGGUCGCAUAGAUUCGCUCUUGCCCUUGGGUUUGUACAUAGACAUUUGUAUCGCGCUAUACACACCUUUACGGUAUCCUCGAAUGUAGCACAGCGCGCGGAGAUACGUCCGAUCGAGCCUAGGUGCGUGCGUGCGUGCGUACGUGCGUGCGUACGCGCAUGCGCGCGACUGUUAUUAACUUCUGUACAGAGAUCGUCGCGGACGGCGAUUUACUUUUUGUACCUAUAGGCUCAACCUAAUCUACGCGACGAAAGCGAGGCAAGGAGAUGAUAACGACGAGCGGUAAAGUAUUUGAGGAAAAACGCGAGAGACCGGAAUAACGGAGAGGUAUAAAUAUAGCCAGAAGUGUGUGUGCGUCGUGACGCCCUAGGAGAGACGUAAGAGUAACACAAUAAUGGGUAAUCUAAUCCUCGAAUAUGUACUUAUUAUGAGCUUCAACAAGUAUUGAAUAGUAUUAUAACGUAAGUCUAAGAAUAGGCAUACACGCGUCAAGGACAAACAAUCGAGAGACUUGUAGACCGACCGACCGCGCCGGAACAUCGCGCGGAUCAGCGAGAGAACUCGCCGUCGCGAGAACCUCGCGAGGCGUUUUCAGCGGGGGACGAGUGCGCGGCGAGUCGUUCCUCGUUGAUCCGCUCUGUCCCACUCGUAUCUACAAAUCAUCCCGAAAUUCCUCCAGCCAUCGAACGACGUCCCUGAUCGUACCAGAUCGCAGACGCGUCUUGGAUGUAGAGAAGGUGCAUAGAGGAGCGGUCGAGAGAAGGAGAAAGAGAGAGAGAGAGAGAGAGAGAGAGAGAGAGAGAGAGAGAGAGAGAGAGAGAGAGAGAGAGAGUAUGUGUGUGUGUGUGUGUGUGUAUGCAUGUGUGGCUAAGAACGACCAUGAGCGUGUACACACCGUGUGCGUGUCGUAUGCGUGUGUCUGUAAACGUGAGCGCGUGCGCGUGCAAGGUGUUGCGUGAUGUCACGGAUUGAUACGUAAAGAAUAGUAACCUACCUAUCGUAUAUCUAAAGAAAGUUAUAAGAGAGAGUAAAAGCAAACGUAAUAUUACGAUAGAAUAGUAAAGUACACGAACUUUGGCUAAGAGCGCCGUCGUGCAGUCCUCGACCACGUCAUGUCAGACGCAAGUUGCGGUAAAACGCGACAGAGAUCCGAACGCUGAAAGAGAGAUCGAGAAUGUGUGUGUGUGUGUGUGUGUGUGUGUUUGCGUGUGCGUGCGCGUGUGCGUGUGUGAGCGCGAUGCGAAUGCACGAGGGCGCACUUCGGGUGGAGUAGGCGUGAUCACGGAAAGCAAUCUAAGUUGAACCUAAAGUUGUUAGAUAUAUUAUUUGUAAGAUUACUGUAUGUUGCGUGAAUGCGAUUGAUGCGGCGGGAUAUCGCGAGCGGAUCAAUCGAUCGGCGAUAUAUAUAGAAGAGGGAGCCAAUUUGCCUGCCUGCCUGCUGCCUGCCCGCUCGCUCGCUCGCUCGCUCGUCGAGACGAGCCGGUGGUAACGGCAUCUCUGCUUCGAGGAACAAUACUUUCGGGCAGCACGAGAGAGUGCGCGCCUACGAAAUCUCAGUCGAUUAUCCCGCAACGUCGACCGCGAAGGCGAGAUAGACUAUAGCUCGGUUUAAUGUAUGCGAUACGGAAGCGACUUGGGGUAACGCACCAUGGUGAUUAUUCGUGUAAGGGAACGCAAACGCGAAGAGGAGGAGGAGGAGGAACACUCUAACUGAAUAAUUAGUUACGACGACAUACUACUACGAUACGAAGAGCGAGAGAGGAGAUAGCCGAUAACGACUUAUUAAAAUAUAUCACUAGGACUAGCCGACGACUGUCUUAGGUUUCGAGUGUCGGGGCGAGUAGACUCUCGUUUCUCUCGGGGUUGGGAGGGAGGGAGGGAGGGAGACAGAACGGGGAGGAGGGAUUUGCUACACGUGGCGCCGUGUAUUCUUUACUUUUCUCUUAUCCCCCGGAAGAGAUUACGGACGCACGGAAGAGCGGGUGCGAUCCGUUGACCGAUUUUCUUUUAAUUUCGCCCGUCUUCCUUUCCGCUCUCUCAUGUCUCCGCGGCGCCGUUUUUCUCCCGCGACGCUUUCCUUUCGUUUUUCUUUCCGCCUCUCUUUUUACGAUAUAUCCCACCUUAAAGCGAAAAAUUGGAGCGAGCUCACGCUCGCGCGCGCGCGAGAUUAAUAGUCCAUUCGUACCGUGCAAAGCUCAUCCUUCAUCAUCGCCGUAUUCUCUCCUUCGUCUUCUUUUCGAUUAUUCGCUUCUUCUCCUUCUUGUUUCUCUUUGCUUGCUUUCUUUGCAUUCUGCUAGUUCCUACCGACGGCGGAGUACGAUCAAGGGUGGAAAUUAGGGCCGGGCGCGCGGUAGCGCGUCGUGAGUCGUUUGAAGCUCGAAGGAGCCGAUAUACCGCUUACGGGAAUUCAAUUUAGCCGCACGGUAAGGGACGGAUCCGCAUCGCUCGAGGUAACACCGCCGUAGGGCGUGCAUCGGCGCAUCGGCAGUUUUGUUUAUGGAACGUACUCGUGAAUAUCGAUCUUCCUCUCGGAGCGCUCCUCCGCUGAACGUCCUGUUUGUUCGCACCGGGCGAUAUGUUUAUCGAUCAAAUUAAUUCGGUCACACACACACACACACACACACACACACGCACAUACACACGUAUACACGCGUCACCCUGGUCCGCAUAUGGCCGAAACAAAAUUACAACUCUUUCCGGACUUGUCGCGGGCGUGUACGCGCAAUUACUCGAGAUUACCCGCGAGGAAGAAAGAGAGAUACGUGAGGGAAGAGAGACGUUGCUUCUUUUAUUUAUAUUUUCAUUUUCAUCGCGAUUCCCCCCUUCUUUCAACAUCACCGUACGCAGGAUCGUUUCGCGAGAAACUGUGCGAUCGGCUUAUUGGCGCGACUUCAAUCCACGCUCCGUUGCGUACAAAUCACACACGAUCGAUCGAUUCACAGUACGCGCCGCCUAAAAAUUCAGACUUACCGACACGUACGUGCGAUUAUCAUCGUUAACGACACGAUCGUAGAUAACUUUUAGUUCAAAGAAUUUCGUACGAUAAGAGACCCUCUUAGAUAUCCACCUAUUACCUAAACUUAAACAUCCAAUCGCUAUUUUUAUCAAAAAAAAAAACAUGUUAAAAAUCUUUAAUAGUUAUCCAUUGUUCACUAUUGCUAUAAUAAAGUUUUGCUUUAAUAAAUGA